UGUUACCCUCUCCUAUCAGCUGAUUGUGAACCUAUUUGUUAAUUUGCUGUUUAUAUCUUUGAAAAUGACAUCUGCAGAUUUCCAGUAUUCACCUGACUUUCAACCGUCAGAUAAAAUGAAGGAAAACUUUGAAGAACAUGGGUAUAUUAUGGUAAGAGGACUUCUAGACCAUGAUGAGCUAGAGAAAGUAAAGGUGGCAUUAGAAGAUAACAAUGCAAUCAGAAAGCAUGCUUUUGGGGUUGCAGAUGGUAAAGGGAGAGAAAGCAUGAUGGCUCUUUGGAAUCAUCCAGGUUCUGAUGUUACUGGCAUGGUAGGAAGGUGUGAGAAAAUUGUAAAUACAUGUGAAAAGCUUCUUGGUGGAGAGGUCUACCAUUAUCAUACAAAAUUAAUGAUGAAAGAGCCAUUCACAGGAGGCAGCCAUUUGUGGCACCAGGAUUAUGGAUAUUGGUAUAAGAAUGGUUGUUUGUACCCAGAUAUGAUGACAGUUUUUAUUGCAAUAGACAAAAUUACAAAAGAGAAUGGAUGUUUACAGAUUUUACGGGGAUCACAGAAUUGUGGCAGAAUAGAACAUAUUAUGGUUGGAGGUCAGACUGGGGCUGAUAUGGAGAGGGUUAAUCAACUGAAAAAAGUCCUGAAAUUAGAAUAUGUAGAAAUGGAACCAGGUGAUGCCCUGUUCUUCCAUUCCAACUUGUUACAUACAAGUAAUGCCAAUGAUAGCAAGUACAGACGAUGGGCAUUUUUAUGUGCUUAUAACAAGAAGAGUAAUGACCCUACUAUAAAACACCAUCAUCCAUGUUAUACACCAUUAGAAAAGGUACCCAACAACGCCAUUAAAGAGUGUAUAAAUUUCAAUGAUAUAUCAGGGAAAGAUUUUAUGGAUCCUACCAAAGACAAAACAAUCAAAGUGAAACCAAAAGAAGAGGAAACAAAUUGAAAUUUCAUUUCAUUUACAGCUUCAAUAUCCUCAAGAUAAUUGGCUUUUAAAAAUCUAGCAUCAGAUAAUUUGUAUAUUUUUGAACUAUUUAAGUAAUUGUUAUUGUCAUGUUUCAAAAUAUUUAAUUUAAUGUUUAAGAUUUUUCAUAUAAAGAUACAUCAAGAUUUUAUUUUUUUUAAAACUAAUGUUUUUUUUUAUGAAUCUGUUAACUUCUUUGUACCAAGGUAUUUAAUGGUUCUCUUUUUCAAAUUAAAAACUGUGCUUUCUCAAUUUCUAUAAUCUUUGAAUGUAUUAUUUUUGUGUGAUGACAAGUGCAGUUCCAAUAGGAAAAUUAAGCAGCUUGACAUUUUCAAGGGGAGACAAGUCAUUCUUAGAGAGGAAAACACUAAAGCAGAUAUAUUUAAGUAAAUUAAAGAUUGUAAGGUUAAAUGUGAUUUUUUUAUUACUUGAAAAUAUAUUUACAUUGUCUGUUUAGAUUUCCCUUGAUUGUGUUUAAGUAUUGUAUUGCAUCUUUCAUUAUUGUGUAUUAUUGAUGUUUAACCAUACUGAUUAUCUUAUAAGGGCCGUCUGCUUCACUACCUUGAGUUAAAUAUAAUGUAUUUCAUGCUCAAGUUUUUGUAAAAGGUAAAAUCGUCAAAACCCAUCAUAUCAAAUCUUCAAAACCAAUCAAAUCAGCUCAAAAUCAAAUCAAAAGCUUUAUGAAGAGUCAAUACAUCAUGCUGUAUAAAUGGGUUUUUUUAUUGUUUUUUUUUCACAGUAAAGUUUAUUUUUUAAGAGCUUGAUCACUGUGUCCUACAUCUAACAUAAUCAACAUUAAAAAUUUUAGUAAAUUUCAUAUUUUUCUCAUUUCAUGCAGAAGCCCAUUUUAUAAGAGUACAUGAAUGAUAUGUGACAACUAAAAUCUCAUUGUAUUUUAAAACAACAUUUAGUAUUUAGAUUAUCAUCAUGACUUACAUUAAUCACUUGGUUAACCUUGUGGAGGUUGCAUUUCGUGUCUCUAUCUUAGAGACCAAAGACCUCUUAAAUAGAAGAAAACAACAAUGCAACAACUUGAGUAAGCAACAUGCAAUUUAAAAUCUUUUUUUUUGCUGCUAGACAUGAGGAAAGCUUUUCAUCCUGUUUAUGAAGCUCAUAAGAUAAAAUAUUUAUACGUCAUGACUUUCAAAAUAUUUUGGUUUGAGAAUUCCUGAUGAAGAUAAAUCCAGAAAAGUGUUUUGGAUGCACCAAAGUAAAUUUAUAAAGUGUUAUUCUUAUUUCAUAUUCUAAUACAUUUUAUAUAUUUCAACAAUGUACCUAUAUAAUGAAUGUAUUACUAAGAAGUUGACAUAGUAUAAGACAUUUUUUAUUUUGUUUUUUAUACAAAUAAUGUUGAUUCAUAAUGUAAUUUAGAAAUAAUAUUAAUAUUUGUUUAC